AUGCUCCCACAAGACACGGACGAGCUAUCCUCCUACGCGUCUUCUGGCUCUCAGAACCAUCAGCAGCAUGAGCAGCAGCAUAAGCCAGGCGCCUCUUCCUCCUCCUCCGCCUCCUCUGCUUGGUUCACUAAGGAAGACGCUGAUGACAUUCUUGGCGCUGCCGGGUUGUCAAGCGGGAAGCUUCCCUCGGGAAUUGCUGGAAUCGCGGCUGUAGCGGCUCAACUCGCCCGCGCUGCUACAGCCGCGUCCCCCCCGCGCCGUCCGCCAGGAGGGAGGGAAAGCGGGCCGGAGAGAGAGAGAUAUGAUCCCGAAAAGCAGUACCUGACUCAGCCUAGUGGCGUGCUGUCUGGGUUUAUUGAGAGGAAGUUUAAAACCCCUCCCAAGCGGCAGCAGCAGCAGCAAUACCAGCAGCAGACACAUGGAGGUGGUUUUGUUGGCGGAGGUACAGGAGCAAGUCCGGAAUUUGGAGUUCCGAAGCGAUCAGGUUCGGGAACUGGCCGAGCCAUCCUAGGCUUGGGAGUGUCUUCUGACCGCCCCUCCAGCUCCACCGGUCGACCUUCCAGCUCCGGUGGUCAAACCUCUGGUGCAGGCCUGGGUGCUAGUAGGGGGAGUGGUUAUAAAGGGGGCGGUGGGUGGGGGGGGAGUGAUAAAGGGGAGGAGGACGAAGGGUGGGGGGCAGAGGUGGAGACAGAUGAGUGGGAUAAGGGCAGCACGGGUGGGUGGGAGGGACUAGGGCUAGCAGCUGCAGUCUCAGUGAAACCCUCGAAAGGUGUUACCAGCAGUAGCACUGGUGUUACCAGUAAGAGUGGUGUUUCCAGCAGCAGUGGUGUUGCCAGUGGUAUUGCUGCUGGUGUUGCUGCUGCUGCUUCUGCUGCUGAUGCUGCUGGUGCUGAUGUUGAUAGUGACGAUAGUAGCAGCAGCGGAGGCUGGGAUAAUUCAGAUUGGGAAUCCUUAUCCCCUGUAGCUGCCACCGCUGCUGGUGGGCAGGCCUUGUCUUCUUCUGCCGCUGGUGGGCUUUCCAUGUCUUUUUCUGGAGCGAGACUGGCAGAAGACGUAAGGGGAAGGAGGGUCAGGGGACUGGGGGUUGAUUCCCUAAAUAGACCCAGUGACGGGGGAAGGGGAGGGGGAGGAGGGGCAGGGGAUGGGGAGUGGCGGGGCAACAGAGGGGGAGUUGGGGUGAAGGGGGGAAGCGGGGGGAGCGGGGAUUGGGGGAACUGGGGCUCGUGGGAUGGGGGGGAGACAAAGGCAGGGGGAAGAUCCCCCUCCUGGGAGAGUAAAUCCGGGGGAGGGGCAGGCGGAGGGGGCAACUGGGGGUGGGGAGCUUCACCCAGGGGGAGUGGUAUUGGGGCGGGGGGCGCAGGGCGAGGGGGAACGGGGGGAGGGGGGAUGGGGAGCGGGGGGAAGGUAGGGGCGGGCGUGCCAUUAUCAUCCAGGAAAAAGAGAAGGAGAGGAGUGAUUCUGUGUUGCCUGGUUAGUUCUGUAGUGAUGGUGGUGAUGCUGCUCCUGGUGGGGUUCAUAGGCGGUUUUUCAGCUCAGUCAAGAGUGAGGAGGGACGAUGGCAGUGUGAGCGGCAGUGAAAACAGCACAACUAGGGAAGAGGAGGGUGCUGCUGUGCUGAGAGCAGAUGCUGCUGGCGCUGGGGCAAGCAUGGUGCAACAGAAGACUCCUGGGCUGCUGAGUGCAGGGGAAGGAGGAACAGGGCAGCAGCUAGAUCCGAGAACAGAACAGGAAUCGCAGGGAGAUGGUAUGAGGGAGAGGGAGGUGGGGAGGAGAGGAGAACGCGGGAUGGAGAGGGCGGGAUUUGGGGAGGCUGGGGCUGAGGAAGGUGGUACUGAGGACGGGGAUAUAAGGGUUAGUGGGCGGGUGGGGCCUCGUGGAAGGGGGAGGGUUGCAGGCAGGAUGGGGCAGGAUGGGAUGGUGGGAGGAGGCGUAGGAGGGGUGGUUGUGAGAGAGGGCGGGAUUGGAGUCGCUAGGAGCGAUGGUGUUGGUGCUGCUGGUGCUGGCGCCGCUGGUGCUUAUGUUGCUGGUGCUGGUGUUUCUGAUGGUGGUGGUGGUGGUGGUGGUCUGAGAAGCAUUGGAGCUUCUACCGGCGUUGGGGGUCCUGAUGACACUGUCCCAGCGGAUUCGCUAAGAGGUGAUCCGGUAUUGGAAGCAGCAGCUAGGCUCGUGGGGAAACGGUCCACAGCAGAAUAUGAGGAGCUGGAUGGAGAAGGGGCAACCGACCAGGAGGUGGCGGGAGAGGGGCAGAUGGAAAGAGUGGGUAGGGUGGAAAGACAGGGGCAGUUUGAAAGGCAGGGGCAAGGAGAGAGGAGAGAGGACGAGUUGAGAGGGAGGGGGAGGGAUGCCGAAGGGGAUGAAGGCGAAAGAAAGGUGGAGGAGGGAAGGUUGGGGCAGUCAGAUAUUGAGAUGGCACAGGAGGAGGGGGGGAUACCAGAGGGGGAGGGGGAGGCGCUAAGGGAGGAGAGAGAAGGGAGAGGAAACGGGGGGGAAGCAGAAGAGACGGGAGGAGGCGAGAGGGAGGGAGAAGAGGCGGGGGAGGAAGAGAGGGGAGGAGCUGAGGGGGGGGAUCUGCAGCAGCAGCAGCUGCUGAGAGAGCGAGAGAUUGUGAAUCAAGGAGUUGUCGUCCCCGAUACAACCCCGCAGGGUUUACCGUACAGUGAUACUGGUGGUAGGGCUGGUGGGAUGGGCGGAGGUGUUUCUGACGGAGGGGGGAGGGAGCAAGUAUCGGAUCUUACAGGGGACUUUGACUCCAAAGGAGGCCAGGGCGUGGCCGGGCAGGCACAGGGUGCAUUGGGGCAGGCACAGGGCGCAGCAGGGGGAGUACAUGGUGCACUGGCGCAAGCACAGGGCGAGAGGAAUGCAGGCAUAGGGGAUGUAAGAGGGGAUGCAGGAAUGAGGAACGCAGGGACGAAAGAGGGAGAGGGAGAGGGUAAGAAGCAUGAGGAGGAUGACGAGGUGCUGCGAGGGCUGGGGGGAGUGGAAGGGGAGGAGGAAGAGGCUGGGGCGCGUGACCCUAUUCUUGGGCUUGACGAGGCUGAGAAUCUGCUGAGGGAUGUGCCUUCCUCUGAUGACGUGGCAGUGGAUAAAUCCUCGUCAUCUCUGCCUACAUCCACCUCAGGUCUGCCCACAUCCACAUCAGCAGCAUCCACUUCACUCCAAGCACAAUCGCAGCAACCGAAUCUGCCGACCAAGCCAGCCUCCUCUCUCCUUUAUGCCACUCCUGUUAUUGUCACUCCUGCCACUGUUACGACUACCUCUGCUCCGGUUACCAGCAGCAAAAGCAUUCUCUCUCCUAGCCCUAUGGUCACCGCAGGUAGCAGAACAGGAACAUUAGCAGGGACAGCAGCAGGUGCAGGUGUUAUGGGAACAGCAGCCAAAGCCACCACAGGACGUACAUCAGGAGUGACUGCAGGGGCAUUAUCAGGUGGAGUCGCUCUGGGAGCAGCAGCAGGAGGCAAAGGAGGCACCGGAGUGAUAGCAGGGGCGGCAGCAGGUGGAGGUGAAGGGAGAGUAGUUGAAGGGAGAGGAGUAGGUGCAGGUGGCACCAUGCUUCGUGGGACGGGUGGCACAUCUGCCACGUCACCACCUGCAUCACCUGCAUCACCUGCCACGUCAGCAGCAACAGUGAAGCCUGUUGCAGGAACAACAGCAACACCAUCAGCAACACCACGCCCUGCAGUAUCAUCCCCGUCCCUAUUAGCAGCUGUAACAAAGACGCUGCCUGCCAGUCCUGCAGCAGCAGUUGUAGCACAGUCAGUGCCUGCCACCCCUGCAGCGGCAGCGGCUGUAGCAAAGCUGGUACCUGUCGCUCCUGCAACAUCUGUAGCGAAACCUGUGCCUGCCACUCCUGUAGCAGCAGCUGUAGCACUGCCUGCCACUUCUGCUGCAGGAGCAGCUGUAGCAAAGCUGGUACCUGUCACUCCUGCAGCUGUAUCACAGCCAUUGCCUGCCACUCCUGCUGCAGAAACAGCUGUAGCAAAGCUGGUGUCUACCACUCCUGGAGCAGCAGCUGUAUCACAGCCAUUACCUGCCACUCCUGUAGCACCAGCUGUAGCACAGCCAGCCCUCCUCACUCCUCGCCUUACUCCACUUUCAGCGGCUGUAGCAACCACAGUCCCCCCAAGCACUGCUACAGCAGCUGCCAACACACCAGCAACACCUGUUGCCCUGCCUGCUGCUAUUGGCGCAUCUACUCCUGUCGGUGCCACAUCUAUCCCCAACACCGGCACAUCUACCCCCAACACCGGCACAUCUAUCCCCAACACCGGCACAUCUUCCCCAACAGCCAAGGCUACUCCAAUUAUUACAUCUACUCCCAUCCGCACGCCUACCCCCACCACUUCAACUAUCUCCGAAGCUGACAGCCAGGCUUUGGCUAAGCUCAUGCAAGGAAAGCCAGGUUCGGCAGCUGGAGGCUCGGCUGCCGCAGGCUCGGGUGCAGUCGCAGGCUCGGUGACAGCCAGCCCAGCAGCCUCGGCCAAGGUAGCUGCCAAACCUGCGCCAACAGCCCCCAAGCCUGCAACGUAUGUUCUUCCAUCAUCAGCAGCAGCAGGAGGCGCAGCAGGAGCAGGAGGAGCAGCAGCAGGAGGAGCAGCAGCAGGAGCAGUAACAACAGCAGGGGCAGCGGGCACAAGUCAGGCCAAGCCUUUGUGGGGCAAGGAGAGGGAGCGCAUUGAGUGGCGAGCAGGCACGACGUGGCGCAAGGAGAGGGAGCGCAUUGAGUGGCGAGCAGGCAUGACGUACCUGCAGCCAUUCCUCCUCUCCUCCCCUCUCUUCCUUCCCCCCCAUUCCCUCCGUACCUCCCUCGUCCGCCUCCCUUCCCCCACACCCCCCUCGUCCCUCCCUAACAGGUGGCGCAAGGGCCGAGACAGCAUAGAGUGGCGGAAAGGCAUGACGUACCUGCAGCCAUUCGUCCUUGCACUCCCCUCUUCCUUCCCUCUCUGCCAGGUGGCGCAAGGGGAGAGAGCGCAUAGAUCAACCCUAUGUUCAUCCUUCCCAUCCCAUCCAUCCCCCAUCCCUCCCCUCUCCUCAACCCUCCCCCCUCUCCUCAACCCUCCCCCCUCUCCUCAACCCUCCCCCCUCUCCUCCCGCUUUUCCUCACCCCUCCCUCUCCUCUCCCUCCUCCAUCUUUCAUCUUUUCUUUACUUCAACUUCCCAAGCAGUUUUUCCGCUCGCUGCCCUUGCUUCUACCAUCCUCGCCCGUUCUUUCCCUUUCCUCCUUCCGCCAGGCAAAGUGGCGUGCAAGCAGCGGGCAAGGACAGCUGGCACGUGGUGGUGUUGCGGCAGCUGCUGGGCCUGGCAGUGGUGCCGAUGCUGGGGGAGACGGCUCUCAAGAAGGCCAGCAUGGCCGCCAGGAGGUUUAUUGGCACAGAGCCUCUAGCCGGAGGCCUUGUUGAGUUUGAGCCAGCGUUUGAAGCAGCCUCGGAAACCCGGCCUCUGUGCUUCGGAAAGGUGGUCAUCCCGGGGAAACUUAAAGCCAUAACUUACCCCGGUGGUCCUUCAGAAGCCGAGAUGUUUAAAGCCCACCUCGGGUCGUCCCUCGGGCUGCCCAAUCCGCCGCUGCCACUUGGCGACAGCCCCAGCGCCCGUGCCAAGCCGCGCGUGCAGCUACUAUUCAUUCGGAGGAACAGGACGAACGUGGGCGGGCGGCGAAUUCUGGAUGAUGGGAGUGACGGAGCACUGUACGAUCUCUUUUAUGACAUGGGCUUUAAGAUUCGCAGGGCGGAUUUCACGCGCCUGUCCUUCCGCCAGCAGUAUGAAGCGGUUCUCAACGCCGAGGUCAUUGUGGGGGUGCAUGGUGCCGGCCUCACAAGCGCCGCCGCUUUCGCCCGAAACCGCUCCGUCGUUUUGGAAAUAAUGCCGCACAACACGUUCAACCCGCGGUAUUAUUUCAUGGCGGUCCAGGCUGGCGUGAGCUAUUUUCUCCAUCAGCUGCGGCCGGGUGCCAAGCAGCCAUUGGACGAGGAGUUCGAGACGCUGACAGUGCGGAAGUGCUCCAGUGUUCCCGAUUGUCGUAAAUAUUUUUACGAGGAUCGGCUGGUGAAUGUGACUAAGGAGGAUUUGGAGGAUUUGAAGGUGCUUUUGGGGGAGGCUCGGACGUUUGUGCGUCAGGCUCGGUGGAAUCUGAAUUGGGCAGGAAAGCGGCUAAGGAUGCGGUACGAGACACUGUGCUCUGCGGGGAAGGCGAGGGAUAUUGGAUGCCGCAUGGAUUUGAUUCGUUCGCCGGUGGCCGAUGUGAAGACGGAAUGUUUGAUGAAGAUGGACUGCUUAACCGUUAAGCCUAUGUUAGCGGACGACCUGGACGACAUCAUGUAG